AUGACCAAUAAUGAGAGUUUGAUCAUGAUGAUGGAAAGCAGUGCUCCGAAAAAGAUUAAAAAGAAGAAGGUGAAAGAAAAAAAAUUAUCAUCAUUGAAUCAUCACGGACUGACGGAUCAACAACAUGAAAAAAAGAGCAAGAAAAAAUCAUCUUCCUCUCACUCAUUGGAACAAUUAAAAUCAAAUAGUAGCAAUAAUAAUACUUCAAAUGCCACGAAAGAAAAUGUAAAUAAUUUAAAUAUUAAACGGAAGAGUAUUUCGGAGGAACCCAUUACGAUUCCGAUUGUGCUUCCAAAGAAACGAGUUUCAAUGAGUGCAUCAGCUUCAAAGGAAGAAAAACUUUUAUCACCACGUAUUAAUAACAACAAUAAUAACAAUAAUAAUAAUGGAGCGAGUCACAAUACAAGAUCAGCAUCUACAGGAAAACGAACACCUUUUAUUGCUGCUGUCAAAAAAGAAGACACCAAUGUCACUUCAUCUCUCAGUAAGCUCAAUAACUCAAAAUCUUCAUCAUCCAUUGGUCAAGUGCCCAGCAAGAGCCCAAUGCUUGUAAAGCUUGCUUCUAAACCAUCUCAACCACCACAACAGCAAUCAUCACCCCCAAAUAAUACUGAAAAUUCUCAAGAAUCUUCUAGCUCUGCUGAAGAAACGGAAUCAAAUCAAAAGAAACAAGAGGUGGUCAAUCCUAAAACGAGUAUGCAAACAACCACAACUCAACUACAAAAACUGGACGUCACCGAUUUCAAAUCAUCCACAGUGUUAUCCUCAUCAGGAUUGCCAACAACCAUGAUACCCUCACAAGCUUCUCUACCACCACCUGACCCUUCUCCACCUCCUCCAGUAGUGAUUGAAGAGACAUAUAUUUCCCUAUUUCAGAAUCAUGAUUCCCUCCAUAAGAUAUUCGCCAAAAGUAAGGACGUCUCUACGAGCAUUCCAAAUUUUUGGUUCUACACGCCGACCUAUGUACCACCAACGCAGUGGGACUUGAAUCAACCUUCCAAUUUUCCAUGCCCCAAUAAUGGUACCUUAGAUGAACUCAGUUUCAACUAUUUAACGAAUAGCUACAACUCUAUAAGGCAAAGCUGCCCAAUCAAUGUUUUAGAAAAAAAGAGAUUUUGCAACCCAAUUCCAUUCAUCACGACAUUUAACAAAAUGCAAGGUGAAAAAACCAAUCUUUUACUUGCGAAUGAAGUUUCUCAAGAAAAGGCCAAGACAGAACAGGAAGCGGAUGCAAUUCUGGAUUAUCUCAAACGAAGAAGAUCUGGAGAGAUUGUUUUGAAUCAAAAAUCGCGAAAAACUCAUCAUUCCUCAUCGAAGAGUCAGCUUGCAAACAAGCAAAGACAAGACGUGCUCAAUGGAACGACAAAGAAAAAGAUCAAAGCUCAACCAAGAAAUCAAAAACUUGAAAAGAAAAAGUCUGUCACAUUAUUUGAGACUGCCAAGCCACGAAGUAACGACCAACAAAGGACAAGCUUGAUGAACCAAGAGAGCAGCAGUGCUACGUCGACAUCAGAGAGGCCACUUCUCAGCCGAACGCCCUCAGAAAGAGUACUGACAAGUUCUGCAGAUUUGUUCAAUGCUCCUUCGUUAAGUAGACAAAGUUCAAGAAAGGUGGUCGAUAGAUCCCUCCGAAAUAGUGUACAACUAAAUGAGCUCAUGCAAAGAAGAGAUUCUAUUGACGUUAUCAAUAACAGAGCGCAUCCUCCCAAAUCUAGAUCAUUAACAUCCUCUCCCAUGUUUCACUUUGAAAACAAAGAUGAAAUUUCUGAAUGCAUUGGUAAGGUCGAAGAGCAGCCUUUAAUAUCAAGCUCAGAGGCUCGAACCACAAUUGCCAGCUUACUCAAUGAGGCAAAUGUUGACCUACCAAAAUUAACAUUAUGCUUAAAGCCACUCUUGGAAGAAACGAGAGAUAAGAAGGAUGAAGAGUUAGAAAACGUGUCAACACUCUAUGUAUUAAUGAAAACGGUUGAAAAAAAGUCAGAGGAUGAAUAUCGUUCCAUUUGUAAACUCACCACUGGAAACAAUAGCUUUUUGGAAUAUCUAAAAACCACCAUCACUACAUGCCCAUUGCAUCAUCCAGAAAUUUUACAAUUCGUCAUGAAAGUAGUCCGAAAAUUAUCAGAAUAUUCGUGUGAAUUGCUGGGAUACCAUUCCUCUCCAAGUGGAUAUCAACAUUUUGCAAAGAAUCUAAAAGCCACAAUUUCAGACACCAAGCUCAUCGAUAUGGGCUUUAUUUCAUGCAUUGUCGAGAAAAUGGACACACUCAAUGAAUAUCUAAAACAAACACAAUGUGAUCAAAAUAUUUCUCAACAAGACAUGAUUACUCAGGAAAUAAUUCCUGACAAGACCAUUUACAAUAUUAUGAGAGACAUGUUUCAUUCAGUCACAUGUUUAUCAUUUUCUGGAACUGAGGCUCGAACUAAGCUUUUGCACGAUAGCCCAUAUUUUUUAAUCAUUUCUUCGAUAUUUAAAAUGAAGCGAGCUCCGUUAUUGAAGACAAAUGUAUUGAUAUGCAUUGAAAGAUUGAUUCUUUCAGGAACUACGUUUGAAAAUGACGAGUUUGUGGAUGACUCAACGACCAACCACUUGUUAGAGUUAGGUCUCCUCAGUCAAAUCAUUUCAGAUUACAAUCUGUUGACACUGAAGGCCAGAAAAGGCCAAGCUCAAAAAAAGAAAAAGCAAGGAGUUACUCUUAAACAAGCUCUGUACCAGGUCAUUCGAGCGCUUUCGUUUCAUGAACGAGCUCGUGAAGAAAUGUAUCGCUCUGGUUUCUUCCACAAUUUGCUUUCCAUGAUGAGAGAACUUGGCACAAAUAAUGAAGACACAGAAGAAGAGACAAAUAUUAUGAAAGGUUUAAUUUUGGAUGCAAUUUCAAACUUUGUACCUUCGUCGAGUAUUCAUCGUGACACUCUCAUCCUCAAGUACAUUUUUGAUACCGUAGUGGAGAUGUUUGUUUCUGUACCAGUUCAAUCUAAUUGCUCUAAUUUAUUAUUGGAAACUAGAACUCUGCAUAUUUUGUCACAGCUCAGCGAUUACACCAAAACACAUCAAAUAUUAUUCGAAGCAAGAGUGGUCGAACAUGCUUUUAAUUUACUUCAACGAGAUUUGAAUCAACAAGUAUUUCCAGAGCAGAAUCCUUUUGUAGUAUCCAUGACGUCUUCUACUUUUCUAUGCAUGUUAUUAGUGAGUAAUUUAAGCAAGUAUAAGGAAGGUCAACGACACAUUUACGAUAAGGGUCUCACACCCAUCAUUCGCCUUUUACGAUUGUCGUCUUCCAUAGCAGAACAACGAACGAGAUGUGAACAAGAACAAUUGGACUUUAAUAUUGUUUUCACACAAAACUCAAUGUCACAAGAAGAGUAUGAAUUGUUACCCAAAGUCAUUAGCAGAACGUUAGCAAAUAUUAGUACACUUCCAGAAAGUCAUUUCACCUUUUUCAAGGAAAUGUUUCUGGACUCUCUUUCAACAUUAAUUAUUAACAUGACUGGUGAAAGAACGGUCAUUUGGAAUUGUCUGUGCACUCUGUCAAAUCUUUGUGAAGCGGAUACCAUGUUGCAACGAAAAUUAAUCACAAAGAAUGGUGUUCGAGAUUGUUUGGUCAAAUAUUUAUUAGAAACGGAUCACAAACUUCAAAGUCGUUCUGUCCGAUGCAUAUCCAAGUUGGCAAGAAAUGAAACCAUCUUGACACAGAUACAUGACAUUUUCAAAAUACCAAAUAUUGUCAAAGCUGCAGAUUCCAAUAGUAUGGAUGAAUGUAAAUUGGAUGGACUCAGAAUUUUAUUUCAUUUUUCUCAGUUUGAACAAUUUCAUCCCUCUUUUUUAAAAUCAGGUGCAAUUGAAUUCAUGAUUAAGGCCACCUAUUCGCCUGUGGAAAGUAUUGUGGUGGAGAGUUUGAAAAAUUUGUUAAAUCUCAUAUUUGCCAAUGACAAGAACAUUAAGGAAGCCAUUACCCAAGCAGGUACAGUGGAUCGUUUAUGGGAUUUGAAGAAGAGUAAUAAGAAUUCGGAGAAGGUGAGACGAUUGUGUUUGAGUGCGUUGAAGGCCAUGUGA